AUGAGUUAUGAAGAAGCUGCUGGUAUAUUUGUUACUUAUCCUACAAGUUAUGCUGGUUUAGUCGUUAGAGGAAAUUUAAAAAAAGCAGCUGGAGGUGUCGGUAUAGCUGCUGUACAAAUAGCAAAGGCAUUGGGAGCAAAAGUCAUUGCUUGUUGUGGGUCAAACGAAAAAUUAGAGAUAGCAAAGGAAUAUGGAGCAGAUUAUGCUAUAAAUUAUAAAGAAAAUAAAGAUUGGUAUAAAGAUGUACUUAAAAUUACCAAUGGUCACGGCGUAGAUGUUGUUUACGACCCUGUUGGAAUGAUUCAGCCUUCCAUAAAAUGUAUUGCUGGUAACAUUGAAAAGAUUCCAAUGAAUUUGGUUCUACUGAAAAAUAUUUCGUUAACUGGGUUGCAUUGGGGCGAGUAUUCAAAACAUGAUGAACAAGAAACAAUUCAAAUGGUUUGGAAUGGAAUUUUUGAUUUGCUUAAAAAGAAAGAAUUAAAACCUUUAAUUUACAAAAAAAUAUACUAUGGAUUAGAAAAUAUUAAAGUGGGUUUGAACGAUAUUGCAUCUAGAAAAACUUUUGGUAAAGUAAUUGUUAUACCUCAUCAACAAUCACAACAAAUAAAAAGUAAACUUUAG